AUGACAACAGUGAAUGAGGAUCUUCAAAAUGAAAGGGAUCAAAAGAGGGUAAUGGUUAGUAAAAGAGAGUUUGAAGAAGGCGUUAAUGAAGAUUUAUUGUGUCAUAAGGGCAAGUAUGAAGAAUCUAUCAGAAAGUCGGUAAUUAUAUUCGGACACAUUCGUCAAAUGCAACGCGAAGGAAAGAUCAAAAUAACAGAUUACAGGCAUGUGCUCGAUUGUCUACUAGGAUCUGCUAACGUCAGAGACGGUUCUGCGCUCGCGCUGCAUUACAUGAUGUUUAUGCCCGCUAUUAUGUCGUUAGCCAGUCCAGAACAACAAGAAUAUUGGCUGAGCAGGGCCUGGGAUUGCAGAAUAAUUGGCAGUUAUGCUCAGACUGAGCUGGGUCAUGGGACAUUCGUUCGUGGGUUAGAGACCACAGCCACAUACGAUGAAAGCACUAAAGAAUUUAUCCUAAACAGUCCAACAAUUACCUCUUACAAAUGGUGGCCUGGAGGAAGAGAGUGUCAUGGAAUCCACUGGUUCAUGGUUCAGAUCAGAGAUGAAGAAACACAUGAGCCGUUGCCCGGUGUGAAACUAGGGGAUAUCGGUGCCAAAAUGGGUUUGCAACCAGUCAACAAUGGAUUCUUGGGAUUGGAACAUGUAAGAAUACCAAGAAAUAAUAUGCUGAUGAAACAUGCACAAGUUUUGGAGGAUGGGACAUACGUGAAAUCAUCGAAUCAGAAACUUUUAUAUGCGGCCAUGGUGUUCGUGAGGGUACUAAUAGUGAGUGAGAUGGUGAACUACUUGUCCAAGGCCGUCACUAUAGCCACACGUUAUUCCGCGGUCCGCCGACAGACACCUGUUAAGGAUGGGGGAUCGGAAAUCCAAAUAUUGGAUUAUGCGACGCAGCAGCACAAACUGUUCAUAAAUAUAGCGACCACGUACGCGUUCAGAAUUGUGUCGAAUAGACAGUGGUCGAUAUACUACGAGGUCAACGCAGAAGUCGCCAGCGGGAACUAUAACAGAUUAGCGGAAGUAGGUAUAGUUUGAUAGGUGAUCUCAAUUCGUGCAUUGUUUGUCUUCGAAACUAUUGGACUGAUUUUUAAAAUUCUUUCACAUACGGGAUGCUACAUAAUACGCGGACGAAGUUGCGCUAAAACAGCUAGUAGUAGACGAGAAACUAAAAUAAAAUUGCAAUUAAGAUGGCGUCUACACCAAAAUCAAUACUUUUUCUAA